UAGCAACAGUGUUAUAAACAAAGACCAGGGACAGAAUCGGAAUUACAAGCAAGAAAAAGAAAGAAAACCCUACUUUACAAAAGCCUUCUAUAUAAAUCUCUCAAAACCCUAAUUUCAUUUCCUUUGUCUUCUCUUGAGCAGUCAAAAAUGUCGAAGCGAGGACGUGGAGGAUCAGCAGGAAACAAGUUCAGGAUGUCACUAGGUUUACCAGUGGCGGCGACAGUGAACUGCGCCGAUAACACUGGUGCAAAAAACCUCUAUAUUAUCUCUGUGAAGGGAAUCAAAGGCCGAUUGAACCGAUUGCCAUCAGCAUGCGUAGGGGAUAUGGUAAUGGCUACUGUUAAGAAAGGGAAACCUGAUCUCAGGAAGAAAGUUAUGCCUGCUGUCAUUGUUAGGCAGCGCAAACCUUGGCGUAGAAAGGACGGCGUUUACAUGUACUUCGAAGAUAAUGCUGGUGUUAUUGUGAAUCCUAAGGGUGAAAUGAAAGGAUCUGCAAUUACUGGUCCAAUUGGGAAGGAAUGCGCUGAUCUGUGGCCAAGGAUUGCAAGUGCAGCCAAUGCCAUAGUAUAAGAGUUUAUCCAUCUGCUCUCUUUUCCCUCUUUAACUGGGAGCAGAUAUGGUCCCAUUGUUACCUGGUUCUGUUAUGACUAAUGUAGGGGUGUUCUUUUUUGAAACUUGAGCAAUUUUUUGUUUGUGAAUCUUACAUGCGGCUAACAACCGCAUUGAAGUUAUGCAGUAAAAUAUACUUUCGGUCUUAUAA